AUGAACACCCCACUUCCCCUCAACACCGGCGCCUCCAUCCCCGCCCUGGGCCUCGGCACCUGGCAAUCCCAGCCCGGUGAGGUCCAAAAGGCCGUUGCGCACGCGCUGUCUGUCGGCUACAAGCACAUUGACUGUGCCUAUGUCUACGGCAAUGAGGACGAGGUCGGCGAGGGCUUGAAGAAGGCCUUUGACUCGGGCGUCAAGCGCGAGGACAUCUUCAUAACCACCAAGCUGUGGUGCACCUACCACUCGAGAGUGGAGGAGAACCUCGACUUGAGCUUGAAGAGCCUUGGUCUCGACUAUGUGGAUCUCUAUCUCAUACACUGGGGCGUUGCGAUGAACCCAAAGGCUGACCGGUCAGGCAAUGACCCCAAGUUCCCCAAGCUCCCCGAUGGUUCCCGCGACAUCGACCACAGCUGGUCGUUCAUCGACACGUGGAAGCAGAUGGAGAAGCUGCUCCAGACCGGCAAGGUCAAGGCCAUUGGCGUCGCCAAUUUCAGCGUGCCCUACCUGGAGAAGCUUCUCCCGGAGGCCACCGUCGUUCCCGCUGUCAACCAGAUUGAGAACCACCCCUACCUUCCGCAGCAGGAGAUUGUCGACUUCUGCAAGACCAAGGGCAUCCAUGUCACUGCGUACAGUCCUUUCGGUAGCACCGGCAGCCCCAUGUUCAGCGAGGAGGGUGUCAGCGAAGUCGCAAAGAAGCACAAGGUCUCGCCCGGUACCGUCCUUUUGAGUUACCACGUCGCUCGUGGAAGCUCCGUCCUCGCCAAGUCGGUCACUCCAUCUAGGAUAGAAGAGAACAGGGCCAUCAUUAAGCUAGAUGACUCGGACAUGGAGGCGCUGGAGAGCAUCCACAAGAAGAAGGGUCUGACGCGAUUUAUUUACCCCGCUUUCGGCGUCAACUUUGGCUUCCCGGACAAGCAGUAG